UGUACCUUAUAACUAAUUGAAUUGAACCUAUAGGCAGCCACUUGAAGAGCAAGCAAUGGCUGCCACCCAUGAGAAGCAAAAGAAAGGAUUCAUGUCCAUUUACAAGUCCGUGGCCGGAAACCAUAUAAAGCCGAUGCUGGAGCCGCCGGCUGUGGUGGACAAAAGAUCCAUUCAGCGCAGUUGGGUAUUAAGGAAAUCGAAAACGUACAAGGGAAUUGAGCAAGGUGGCCGGAGAGUGGCAGAGGGAGGAGGAGUUCAGGGAGAAUUGGUUGAGGCAAGGAAAUCGGUUUCCCAUGUCGAAACGAAUUUGGCGUCGGUGGCAGCAUUUCUUCAGGUGAAGGUUCUCGUCUCCGACAUGCCUGGAUUCAUGCAAGUGCAUGCCUUCCGAUGCGCUAGGCGUACUUAUGAUAGCUUGGAGAAGUUUAGCUCCAAACACAUGGCCUUCAACAUGAAGAAGGAGUUCGAUCAAGUCUAUGGGCCGGCCUGGCAUUGCAUCGUGGGCUCAAGUUUCGGGUCCUUCGUCACCCACUCAACAGGUUGUUUCCUUUACUUUUCGAUGGAAAAGCUAUGCAUUUUGUUAUUUAAAACGAAGAUCCAAAAAGCUUUGGGUUGAGUAAAAUAGGAUUAUAUAUAGGUUGCUUUUUCGAACAUUAAUGCAUGUAUUAUGAUAUUAAAUUUGAUCCUUUCUUGUAU